AUGGCUUUCAGCGCUGAUAAUGGGACUUUAUUUCAGCUUUACGAUAUAUUCCAUCCGGGAAUGCUAGACCUUUACUCGAAUCAGUGCUUGUCGAACCCAUCAUUGAGCCUUCUCCAACCGAAUCUAAUGAAAGGAAUCAUCUACGAGAUCAUCGGCGUCACCUACGAGAUCCUAUAUUUGCUCUGCAUGAUCGCCAUGUGCCAACCAAAAUUUCUGAACAUCAUCGCCUAUCGGAUUCUCUUUGUAAUUGGAUGCUUUGACAUAUUAGGAAUGAUUCCGAACUCAUUAUUGCCAGCUACGUGGGCCGUCUACAGUGGGUUGAGCAUUUCAUUGGCCAUCAAUCGAACAAUCGACUUUUCUUGGCCAAAUAAGCAAGAGGCUUUAUUCGGCGGAAGGUUGAUCAUCUUAUGGACGGGUAUUCCCAUACUCUACGGCCUUCUUCUUUAUUCUUUCCUCUCUCCAAUGCUCUAUCACUCGCCCACAGCCAGCUACUAUUUUGGAGCCGAUCCCGCAAAAGCACAAGCUCCCAUAAUCUAUCCGAUGAACAACGGUGUCAUGGCAUUCAUCAUUCUUCUAUUGAACAUUCAAAUGCUUCGAAUGAUGUUGAUCAAAAAUCAUACAGUGAUGACCAAAUCGCAAAGAGUGAUCAUGAUUCAAUGUCUUGGGAUCAGCAUGUCCGUUCUGAUCACCGGCUGGUUGUAUGUAACCAUGCAAUUCAUCGCGAUGCCCCUCUUCAUGAUCAACGUCGCAAAUCUUUGCUGGCAAUUCUCAAACGGAAGUAUGGCCAUUUUCUACCUUCUCGUGAACAAAUCGAUGCGCGGAGAGGUGCUGAAAUUGUUGAGGAUUCCGUUCAACCGACAAAGGGUCCUUCCGUCGCUCAGCGAUUCAAGAAUUUUGUACACACUUCAUUCACAAAGUCAGCCGACUGUU